AUGCCUGCAGACAUCAGCAAGUGGGCCGGGCCGCUGAGCCUACAGGAGGUGGAUGAGCGGCCACAACACCCCCUGCAGGUCACCUACGCUGGGGUGGAGCUGGAUGAGCUGGGCCAAGUGCUGACGCCUACCCAGGUUAAGAACAGACCCAGUAGCAUUUCGUGGGAUGGCCUUGACCCAACGAAACUCUACACCUUAGUCCUCACAGACCCGGAUGCUCCCAGCAGGAAAGACCCCAAGUACAGGGAGUGGCACCAUUUUCUGGUGGUCAACAUGAAGGGCAAUGACAUCAGCAGCGGGAAGGUCCUCUCGGAUUAUGUGGGUUCCGGGCCUCCCAGUGGCACCGGCCUGCAUCGCUACGUGUGGCUGGUGUACGAGCAGGACAAGCCACUGAAGUGUGACGAGCCCAUUCUCAGCAACCGGUCAGGAGACCACCGUGGCAAAUUCAAGGUGGCGGCAUUCCGCAAGAAGUAUCACCUGGGAGCCCCGGUAGCCGGCACGUGUUACCAGGCGGAAUGGGACGAUUAUGUACCCAAGCUGUACAAGCAGCUGUCUGGGAAAUAG